GGCGCCAGCGAUUUUUCGUGUUUCGCCGGGCUCGCCUCCGGGCCGGACGACAAUACGCGUUUAAAGCCGCGGACUUCGGUCGCUCGUUGAGAACUGGCCGGUUUGUUUACCUGCGGACGCGCUAAUCGGAUAAUCGCCGUGGCGAUCAGAGGCAUCAGAGCUCGCCGUUUGCAGUCGCAAUACCGUCAUCCGUGCACGAGGAAUUGAGGAUUCGUCCGUAAACUUGCACGAGCCGGCAUUCCAAUCUCUCGCGCGUGGAAGUCUUGCAGAAAGGACGCCGCCGGUGUUCCUCGAUCGUAAAAAAAAAAUAUGGUGAAAAUAGCGCUGCGGAUCACGUGCAGGCUCGACAACGUCGAGGAGCUGAGGCCGUCCGGGCCCGAGUUCAGGUGGUGCCUCAAGUUCACGUGCUGCAACUGCGGCGAGACGUCGGACAAGUGGAACUACGUCUCCCUGGACGAGUCGACGCCGGUGCAGCGCGGCAGCGGGGUCAACCACUUCGUGAGCAAGUGCAAGCUCUGCUCCCGCGAGAACUCGAUGGCGAUAAUCGAGGACUCGGUCGGCUCCUUCACCACGGACGACCAGGGCCAGUUCAAGACGAUCGUCGUGUUCGACUGCCGGGGCAUAGAGCCGUCCGACUUCUCCGCGCGGGAGGGCUGGAUCGCCAGGGCCGCGGACGGCGGCAAGGAGUUCCCCGACGUCGAUCUGACCGAGGGCGAGUGGGAGGACUACUGCGACAAGAUCAUGGAACCCGUCGGGAUAUACGAGAUCCAGCACAGGUUCGAACGAAUCAAGUGAAUAUCCGUCUGUGGAAGGACAUACACACGCACACACACACACCCCGCCUGUGGACGUGUGCGUCUUGAUUGUCAGAAUUUUAUGACGGAUAACACGAUUUUUUCCUAUACCGAAUUUUACCUAACGAGGCGAAGCGACACAUGUCUGUUACGUGUAAAUAUGUAAAGAUAUGCAUUACCACAUGCCUCUUUCACUUCUCGCGUGCACAGAUUGUUAAUAUAUUAAAAGCAUAAAAUUGCAAGAUUGUUAGACUUCUCUCAUUGAAUUGAGAGGAUGAAUGUCGUUCAGCGUAUGACUGUAGAAUUUGCAUCUGUGACUUCUACUGCAAUUUAAUGACUUCCGUUUCCGCGCCUGUGAAUCAAUGAACAAGUACGUCAGAGAGGUAAUUUAAUUCAAUUUCAUUGAUCACAUAUGAAUAAUGAUAAUUCUGUUAUGGCCUUAUGAGAAAUUAUCUUGCUCAUACCUGAAGUUUAAGAUAAUAUUGUUACACACAUACACUUGUUUGACACGAGUUACCCCAACAUGUUUCUGUAAACAAACACAGUUUGCAAAUAUGAAUAGGGAUUAUUGCUUUGUAAUAAACAUACAGUCUUUUCGUAA